ACUGCUGCAUGGGACAUGUCCGUCAUGUGAUAUUCGUUGCUCGAGAAAAAGUUCGGUGAUCGCUUUGUCCACCUUUUUAUUUUUUAUUUGCCCAAAGCACUUUGCGUCGAUCCUAGAGCCUGCAAAAUGGUAUCCGAGUGGGUGGCACCAAUCGUUAUCACCAGCAUUUGGGCCUUCAUUGGCAUCAUCUGCCCCUUCUUCGCCCGAGGACCCAACAGGGGGGUGACUCAAUGCUGCCUGAUGCUCACCGCAGCAACUUGCUGGCUGUUCUGGCUGUGCUGCUACAUGACGCAGCUGAACCCCCUCAUCGGACCCAAACUAAGCAUGAACGAAAUCAUGAUCAUGGCCCGCGAGUGGGGCAAUGAGAUCAAGGACACCAUGGCUGUCACCGUCUAAUGUCUGUCACCCUAAUGUAUUCGUUUCAAUUGUUUUGUUAUUGUUUCUUUAUCCCGGAUUUUCCGACAUUCUGUAUUAUUAAUAUCCACUUAUUGUUCGAAGCAUAAAAUAAAUUGUAACCGCGGUCGCUCUUGGCAAACACGUUGUAGAAAAUCAUAGAUAAACAACAUAUUUUUAUGCUUUGUACGCGCAAAGAUGUAAACUUAACGUUGCCUUUUUGGCCAAGCAUUCCCAAUAAUCGAGUGUCUUAAAAUGAAGAUUGAAACCUAAAAUAAAGUAUAUUUACACAAUUCUGUGUUCAAUAAGUAACGUGACUGCAUUUAAAACUGCAAUGCUAACUACGGACCUAGAGGUAGGUGAACCGUUGAUAAAUACAAAAACGAAAAGAAUCCUUAAUGGUAAGGGUCACAAGCAUAACCGUGGCAAUCUUCAGCCUGCAGAAAAGCAUGACCCAUAUUGAGGAUUGAAGUGUCGAGUGGAAAAUAACCAGCCACUUCAGCAAAUGUGCCUGUGUCACAUUUCCCACAAGGAUAAAACACUGCUAACAGAUUUCCAGGAUCGGUCAGUACUUUGGAAUAAGACCUUCUACAAAUAUCUCGCAGAGAUCUUCGAGAAAAGACAAUUUUUUCUGAGGCAUACAACGAUAGUCAUGUAAUCUCUACUUUCGAAGAGUGCUUGUCCAGGCUUCUUUUGCCGUUGUGGAAAAAGUCCAUAAUGUGACCGAUUUGGAAGUAUGCGUUGCAACUCAAAAUCUUAAUAAUCCCUUAUAAAAUCGUUAGAGCUCUCAUGGAAUGGAACCUGGUACAAGAGGACUACAGAC